CACAAGUGGGUCCCUUUUGCAGGAUAAGGACCUUUGGUAUUUAUGAAGCACCAAGCCAAUAAAACUUAUUUAUUUCUGAAAUUCAGUUUAAUUUCAAUAUAUUUUCGAGGCAUAAUAAAGUCAUUCAAGACAAGUGUUGCCAAAAUGUAAAAAGGACCAAGUCUCUGUCAGCAAAAACAUAUUCACUUAGGGCUCCACAAUGUAUCUGGGGUUUGAUAGCCAUGGGGGCGGGGGGUGUUAUUAUUAUUUAUUUAAUGGCAGGUUACAACACUGCGUGAUGCUUUCUGUUAUACAUCUGGAGUUAUUCAGUUUUUGUCUGCUUUUUCACAGAAAGUGUUAAUGAUUAUGAAUAUUAUGAAGUGCAGACAGUGCACUUGGUGCUGUAGAAGAAAAAAGACUUCUUCCUGCAGUUGUUAUUACGAGUUAUUAUUGUAUUACCGUAGUAUCCAAAGGGUCUUGGCCUCACUUGGCUAGGCAAUAUACAAACAUAUAUUAAGAGACAGUCCCUCCCUGCUCACAAUCUAAACAGACGGACAACACACAAACACACCGAAGCCCAGAGGAAGGUUUGUUCAGUCAUGGCCCCAGUUCUACAGAAGAAGCCAUACACCCGUGUGGAGUUCCACUGACUUCCAAGGAACACUAUAUGCACAUUAAUAGUUAGCUGGUUUAGAAUUUAGAUUAGCCCUUACCAUUUUUAGCUCAGCCAGUAAAAUACUCAAAUUAAAAGUGGCCUAAUUCUCAGAGGUGCUGAGCACUCAAAGCUCCCAUUUAAGUCAGUGGGAGCUAGCAAUGGUCAGCACCUCUAGAGUUGGUCGCCUAACAUUAAGUGCGCAAGUUGGAAAAUACUGGUUUGUGUCACUUGACCAAGACCACAGGAAUCAGUUUCAGGAUCGAUCCCCUGCUGUCAGUCCCUUGUACAGCCCCUGUGACCAGAGCUCAUGCUACACCGGCUUCUCAGUGGAGGAACUGACUUAGCCACAGGCAGUGAGCUAGUAGGGAAUUACACCAACAGGGGCACGCAGGACAGCCUCGUUGUGUGAAAUGGCCCCGGCUCUGCCUAAAAAAUCAAGGCGCCGAUUGCAAUGAAGUUUUUGGACCUCGAAGCCCAGAAGCCCGGUGCUUGUGGGAGGACUUUGGAUAACUCGCUCAGGAGUUGGCUACGUGUUCAAGGCUCGCGUCACACGGGCUAGGAGCCGGAGACUUGUCCACGAAAGCCGAGCUAGAGUUCGCGGCGGGCCGGGAAGGCUGCUCACGGCCCGGGGGCCUCUCCUGGCUUUGCAGCCCGCUGUAGCUUCCCCGCCCCCGGGACGGUCCCGAGCCGGCUCUGCUGGGGGCUGGUGGGCCGCUGGGCGGAGACCACGCCGGGGAUCGCCGCCUUCUGUCUCGCCGCACAACUUCCUCUCCCAGGGCACUGCGCGGCGGCCGGGCCGGGGCCGGGCGGACUCGGAGCCGCGUCUGGAGCGGGCCGGGCCGGGCGCGGGGCCAUGGACAGCCCCGCCGUCACCUUCACUCUGGCCUACCUGGUGUUCGCCGUCUGCUUCGUGUUCACCCCCAACGAGUUCCGCUCGGCCGGGCUCACCGUGCAGAACCUGCUGGCCGGCUGGCUGGGCAGCGAGGACGCGGCCUUCGUCCACUACCACCUGCGGAGGAGCACCGGCACCAUGCUGGCCCACGGCCUGCUGCCGCUCGGUUAUUACGUUGGCAUGUGUUUUGCAGCACCAGAGAAACAGCUUUUCUAUUUUUACCAGGCCUCAGAAGGCUGGAAAAUUUUCUUCUUGCUGGCUAUUCUUGCUCCAACAGUCACCGGCCUCCUGGCAUAUUACUGGUCACAAAACGGCUGGGAUAACCAUCCUUUAGCUCGGACACUUGCCUUUCAUGCUCUUCCACAGUCUGGUUGGCGGGCAGUGGCUUCUUCCAUCAAUACAGAAUUCAGGAGGAUUGACAAGUUUGCUACUGGAGCACCAGGAGCAAGAGUGAUUGUUACAGACACUUGGGUGAUGAAAGUGACCACCUACAGUUUACAUGUUGCCCAACAGCAGGACAUUCAUCUGACAGUGACAGAUUCCAGACAACACGAACUCUCACCUGAUUCAAACAUGCCCGUGCAGUUCCUCACCAUCCGUGUUGCCAGUAUUAAUCCCUAUGUGAAAGCUUUUGAUAUCCGGUUGAACUCCACAGAGUAUGGGGAACUACGAGAGAAACUUCAUGCUCCAAUCCGUAAUGCAGCUAACGUUGUGAUCCAUCAGAGCCUCAGUGACUUGUUUCUGGAAACCUUUACAUCGCUGGUGGAAAUUAAUCCGACAUACCCUGUUCCCAGCAAUCAGGAGCUCGAGCCAUGUAUAGGGUGUAUGCAGAUGAAUGCAAAUAUCAAGCUUGUUAAAAAUUGCCAAGAGCCAAACGAAGGAGAAUGCCAGCAAUGCUACUGUCGUCCUAUGUGGUGCCUGACUUGCAUGGGGAAAUGGUUUGCCAGCCGGCAGGAUCAGCAGCACCCAGAGACCUGGCUAUCAAGCCAAGUGCCUUGUCCAACCUGCCGAGCCAAGUUUUGCAUUUUGGAUGUUUGCAUAAUACAAUGAAUAAUAUCUUGGUACAAUUUACCUUUUGAAAUCUGAAUGUAUUCACAGCAGGGUUGGAUGCAAGCCCCAUUAGAUUUGUUUCUUGCUCUUCUGCUUCUGAAAAGGUAAAAGCUCUGGAGUUUUCUUCUUCAAAGCCCUGAAAAUGGCAACCCAACAUAUUCUUUUCAGUUUUUCCCACUCCACAAAUGUGUUCUCAGUUUUUAUUCACUAACAUAACAGUUAAAAUUUUAGAUUGUUGAGUUUUGUGGGGUUUUUUGCUUUUCAUUUCCAAACUCUUGGAUGCACUUUAAACCAAUAAUAGUGCCCCGUUUGCUUCCCUUAUAUCAGAGGUGAAAUCCUGGUAAACUAACUAUAUUUUAAGUGCUAUUCUAGGUACAGAAUUAAGCAUUGGUGUUUAAUGAUUCUUUUGCUAAGGGCUAAUUUUCCUUUAUAAUAAGAUGUACUAAGCAAGUUGCUAUUGCUAAGGAUAGUCGGCUCAAAUCGCAACCUACCUUUCUUCAUCUUGAAUCCAUUUGUAAAGUCCAUGUUAAUCUUUGUGGGCUUUCCUCAAAACAGAUGUCUCAGUGUUGUGUUUUUCCUUUCCACCAAAACAGGCCCACAGGUCAACUACUAUAGACAUCUAGGAAAUUACGCUCCCAAAGUUCUGUAACUUCUGCAGGAUGCUUAGCGCAAAGAAGAAUAUAAAAUAAUUUGUUUCCAGAUAUAUUUAGUAUACAAGGAAGCUCAUUCAAAAAGGGUCGUUUAUUCAGUUCAUUAACCUGAAGUGCUGUUGGUGCUGUUUAGAGCAUCUUGUAGCUAAAGCUAUUUUUUCCCUGUUUGGAGUCUCAACACUCUCUAGCUAACGCUACUGUUAAGCAUGACUUAUCCAUAUUUGGAAGGAGAGCAGUGAUCGUCUCAAUUUUCUGAGUAAUCCAAAAGAACGUUCGGCUGUGUCAAAACCUGUAGCUUUUUCCUAGGCAACUGCUUUUCCAAAUGAAUGGGAUGUCAGGCCUGGAUAAGAACGUGUAGCCAUGCUGGCUAUUUCAGAUAUGACCAUUAUUAGUGAAAUGGGUUUUGGUUUGUUUUUUUGCUUUAUUUUGAAGCCUGAUAAUAAACAUUUAUCACUGCUUUAACAUGAAUAGGAGAAUUUUGCAUACCUCUUAGCAUGUGUCUCCACCAGGCUCCUUUGUCAGCAGGUUUUGCGCUGUUGGUAGCAGUGAUUGAAGCUGUAGUAUAGACAGAGUGUGGAUUAGACAACACAGUGGUAAAAAUGCCUGUGCUUUCCUAUACUACAGCUUCCACAAUGGAACUGCACCAAUGCAGAAAGCCUAGAGAUUUUCCUGGUGCAGACAAGACCUUAGUACUAGCGCCUUUAUUCCACUCUGUAUGCAUCCGAAGAAGUGGGCUUUAGUCCACAAAAGCUUAUGCUCUAAUAAAUUUGUUAGUCUCUAAGGUGCCACAAGUACUCCUGUUCUGUUCUUUUUGCGGAUACAGACUAACACGGCUGCUACUCUGAAACCUGUGUGGCCUUGUUUACUCUGACACUUUCCUUAAAACCUCCCACUGAUGCAGCUCCACAAGGGGUAGAUAGUAGCAGUGGGAGUGUAGACAAGGUGCUAGUGAUUGCCAGCAUUUGAAUCACUGUAGGUCAUGUAGGACCACUUUGAGCAGAUGUAGGUGGCAUACUGUAAAACAUGAUAGCAGCCACUCUACACUAGAGCUCUCACCAUUGGUAACAAUUAUGCUUUGAAGAAUUAGAUUUUUAUUGGUAAAUGUCAGUAAACGUUGAUUUCACCAUACAUGCACAAAGUGAUGACAAAAUAUUUCCAGCAAUACUAACUGAAAUUUAUAGAUAGGCAAAGUGAGAAAAAUGCUGCUUGAGAACUUAUUAGAGUCCCACCUCAAUGUGUAUAUAGCAUGUUGUAAUGCUGGCUUUAGUGGAGUUGGAGCACGGAUGCCAUUUAGGUAUCUUUAACUUUUUGAAUCUCAACAUCUACUGUCAUUAAAUAAUUAUUGUCUGGACUACCACCAUCCUCUUCUUCCCCCUCCCCCCCCUUUCCUGCAAAGGUGAAAAUUUAAAUAAAUAAAAAUCUAAAAAAAUGCUUAAAAAUAAACCUCUGUAUUAUCUGCCAAAAUUAUUAAAAAAAAAAAAAAAACAGUUCUGCCAAGCAUAGUAAUACAAGCAGUGAGCUGCAACAGUGGGAGAUUUCAUUUAAACUUUGGUGUAGCCACAGCCUGUGUGAUAUGUAGACACAAACCAGACAUGUCAAGAACUGGUUACAAAUAUGGUUAAAACUUGUAUUGUGGACAGGUUUAAGGGCACUUAGAAAUGACAUAGAGACCUCUUUUUUUGUUCUAAUAUUCAUAUAUAUAUAAACUGCCAGACUAUUUAUAUUUGGGGAAAAUACUCGAGCAUGCAUCACAACUGUUAGGCAUUCACUCUUUACUAUGAAAUACUGGCUACUAUUUAUACUAUAUAUUAAUUAAUAAGGAUGAUUUUCCUGGGUUUCAUAUCUCAGCUGUUUCAGAUCUUAUGGAAUGGAAACUUGACACGGAGGCUGGCCAUGUGGAUCUGAAUCUCUUUCAUAAAAAAUUGCUAACUGACAUCAGUUUUUUUUAUUUGACUAGAAUCAAAUUGAAUUCCUUAGCUUCAGGCUUGUGCUAAGUCUGAAAAAAAAAAUAAUCACAACACUAACUAAUAAUUUAAAAUACUCUCCAGUAGUUUGGGGGGAGGUUAUUUUGAACUGACAUUUACAGUAUUCUUUCAGACUACAUUAUUCAUACUACACAGUCUUAGUGGGCUGAAUUCUGCUCUCAGAUAGGUGUGUGCAUUUCCCCUCUGUAAUAAUUUUUGCAAAUAAGGAUAAUUUAUUAUUUAUUUCAAUCAAGUUUGCACAACACAGUUGUAAGGAGGUGUGGUCUUUGAUGGAGUAGGUGUAGCAGGGAAAUGGGAGUCUGAACUUGGCUCUCCCACUGACAGUCAAUUUCUAUGUCUGUUUUCCCAUUUGGAAUAAUAAUCUUCUACUGGAGAGGUGUUAUGAAGCUUAAUUCAUAAGGGAUUUGAGAUCCUUGGAUGAAAAGCACUAUAGAAUUGCAGAGUAUUUUUUAAUAAAGUAAAAAUAAGAUGAUUGUCAGUAUGUCUUUUUAAUAAGAGCUUUCCUAUCUGAGCAGUUUGCCCAGUAGAUUCACUGUAUAUUUCUUUAUUUUUUUUAACUAUAAAAAGCUUCUCUUUGAGGUGAUUGGAAGUUUUAAUUUCAGAGGAUCUUUGUGUCAUAAGAAUAGAGCUUAGUGUAACACUUUAUAAUAUUGUAGUAUACCAAAUGCACUAAUACACAUAAAUGUAAAAUAGUCUUGCAUCUUUUAAGGGUAGUGCUGUAUCUAUAGAAGUACAGUGUUUUUCAAAUGCGGCCACUGUGGCCACAUGCAGUCACCAGAGUGUUUUCCUUUGGCCAUGACAGCCCCCUGGGCAGAGAUGGGGGAGGGAUCAAACAGAAACCCCUCCCUGCAGUGUCCAGGUGCUCCAGGAGAGGGCGUCAGCCCUCCUCCUUCCCCCUUCAGCUGCAGGACUCCAGAGGCAGGCUUCAGCCUCCUCCCCUGGUUCAGCCAGAGGUGGCCUUCAGCCCCCCCUGGGGCUCCAGCAGUGGGCUCCAUGCUUCAGCCCCUCCCCCUGCCACUCUUCAGCUGCGGGGCUCUGGGCUUUACCCCUGCCCCAGCUGGUGAGGCUUCAGGUCUGCUCCCACCCUCCCUUGGCUCCAGCUCUGGGCUUCAGCCCAGGGCAAUGGGGCUUCAGCAGGGCUGGCCUUACCAGGCACUGAGGUCAAGAGGCAUGGAGUGGGAUGAGCCUGAGGUGUGAGGCCAUGGGGGGGCAGGGGUGAUUGAGAGCCUGGGGAGGGAUCUGUGGGGCCUGGGGGUGGCAGCAGGGGCUGAGACACCAAAAUACAACUGUGCAUUAUUUUUAUUAUUGAGUCGGCGGGGGCGGAGACUCCAUAAAUAAAUUACAAUGAUUUGGACAUGCAUAUGUGCUUAUUUAUUUAUUUUUCCUAAAGUUAAUUAAGUAUUUUACGAAAAUUUGUCAGACUGGCCACCAGCAAGAGUUGGUGGCCACACUCUGAGGCCAUCAAAAAAUUUGUUGUGUGAACCCCAGUCUUAGAAGACUCACUAAUAUUUACCAAAUAAAAUGGUUUUUGUAAUGUCAUGAAUACUAAUUGACAUACAUUCUUUAAAAUAAACAACUUCUGACGUUUAGAUUGUUUGAAUGAGUCCAACAUGCUUCUAAGUUCUGCAAGCAUCUUAUUGGAUAUGUUAGACUAGAGCUAGUAGAAAAUGAGAAAUGGGCCAAUGGCCUCUUACUACACAACCCCCCCUAACUUUUUAAUUGACUUGCAUACUUUAAUGGUGACUAUGUGAAUAUAGUGUAGAAAUGGACAUUCAUUUUUGUGGCUUCAUCAGGUCAAUGGCCUGAAGAGUAUAAGGAGAAAUAAGGUCCUUUUUCUCAUUUCCACGGAAAGUAAUAACUUGCACUGAAGAAUCGCUUUAAAAGUAUUUUCCAUCCACCCUGUCCUGUUAACAUGCCUAAGCAUAAAAGCAAUAUUUAGAACAGUUUUUUACUGUUCAUCCUUAAAAAUAGCCAAACUCAUUUUGUAAAAUCAAAUAUUUAUUUAUAGAAUAAUCAUUUCCUGGAAACGGAUUUAAGGUGGAAAUCCUAAAAGUGUGUGUGCACGUCUACAUUCCCUUGUGCGUUCACAAUAUCAGUACUGUAUAUUUGAGUACAAAUCCCCCGUUUCCAUGCACAGUAACGUUGGGCAUGCAUUUCUGAAAAUUCAGGCAUUAGUUACACUAGUUUGUGCCACUGCCAUAGUGUAAAUAUUUAAUGUCUAGAGACUUGUGGCAUUUAUAUUCCCACUAACGGCAGAAGUGUGUCCAUUUAUUGUUGUCAAGCAUAAUGUGCUGUGCUAGAAAUGGCAUUUUGUCCAGCCAAGUAUGAUUUUUUUGUCUUAUACCAAUUCUGUGUUAUGAAUGAAAUUGUAAUCAUGAGGUUCUGUUUAACUUGAGACAAAAAUAUAUGGUCCAAAGGCAGAGAUCUGUAACCCAGUCACUUCAGAUUAGAGUAUUUUCAUUGUAUUAAAUCUCUGUAUACUGCUGCUGUGUACAUCCUCAGGUUAAAUCUGAGGAUGUUUCAUGACUUUCCAUGCGAUUCUUCUCUGUGCCACUUCUCAGGAUGGAUGAGAAUUUGAUUUUGAGAUAUUUCCGGAGUUCAUGUUGAAUGUCAGUUUAGUUUAUGGAAAUACUUUUCACACAGUACACGUUCUCCCAAAGAUUUAGUGCAGUUAUUUUAGUUAAGUACUUUAUCUACUUUUAAAUUUUUAUAGUUUACUUGAUUAGCCUUUAAGGAAGCGGUUUUAAUGAAUGUAAGUAGCUUGAUUUAAAUACUGUUUGAAGAGCUGAAUUAAAAAUGAAUUUAAUUUUGA